AUGGCUGCCAUGAGCACAGCCUGCCAGCAGCGCAUCGCUUUAAACGACGGCCGACAGAUGCCCAGUUUCGGCUUAGGAGUGUGGCAGGCGCCGCUCGGCCAAUGCAAGGCAGCAGUGCUGCACGCGCUGCGCUGCGGCUACCGGCACAUCGAUACCGCGGAGGUAUACGGGAACGAGCAGGACGUGGGCGAUGCGCUGGCUAUCUUUUUGAAAGAGCGGCCCGACGUGCAGCGCGAGGAUAUCUGGAUCACGACAAAGUUUUUCCCGCGCCACGGCGCCGGCCGUGCCGCGGUCGUGAGGGCUUGUAAAGACUCGCUGCGCAAGCUCCGUCUGCAGUACGUGGACCUCUAUCUCAUCCACGCGCCGCACACGCGCGAGCGCAUCGAGCAGUACAGCGCUCUGGAGGCGUUGCGGGCGGAAGGGCGGUGUCGCAGCAUCGGCGUGAGCAACUACGGCAUUCACCACCUGCAAGAAUUGCUGGCGGUAUGCGCCGUCCCGCCGUGCGUCAACCAGGUCCGUGACCUCAGCGUCUGGUGCCUCCACGCCAUCGACGCGUCGAAUUUCACAGGUAGAGUGCAACCCGUUCAUCACUCGUACGCCGCUCCGUGAGUUCUGCGCGUCCAAGGGCAUUCUCGUGGAGGCCUACUCGCCGCUCGCGCGGGCCAACAAGUUCCGCGACCCUCGCUUGCUCGACGUCGCGCGACGGUGCAGUUUGUCGCCCGCCCAGGUCAUGGUGCGGUGGUGCCUCCAGCGAGGCUGUAUUGUGAUCCCGAAGUCCGUGACGCCCGCACGCAUCGAGGAGAACGCGCAACUCGGCGACGCACCCCUGAGCGCGGCCGACAUGAAAUCGCUGGACGCGCUCGACGAGCACUUCGUGACCCACUGGGACCCGACGCGGUCGCCAUAA